GUCUAACGAAAAUUAUACUUUGAUUAUUUUGACCACUUUGGUAAUUCCAAUGUAACGUCGUAUGUCAUGUGUUUAUGUUUUUCAAGGAAUCGCAAUAGUAACAAAAAAAAGGAACAAAUAUCGAAAUAUGAAUAGAUGAGUUUAUUUUUUCCCGUGAGAUUCUCUCUCCUUUUCUUUCUUUCUUUUUCUUUGUGAUCAAUUUCAUUCGAUGAAAUUUGUGCACCUGAAAAGACAAAAAUUGGUCAUGGUGCGUAAAAUGUUUACUUCGGCGCAGGCGCACGAGGUAACAACGCACGUAGGAGAUUUGCGUGCGGUUGUUUUUUACGCUGGAGUUUCGGUACAUUGAAAGAAAAUGAAACUUCGCUUUAUUUAUCGUAUUUAUCCUCCAUCCGUAUUUAUUCUUCAUUCCAAACGUGACUCGGUCACGUUUACUAAUUUUUAAUUAAUUAAAAUUAACUUUUAACUAGUCGCGAUAGAAAGAAAAAGUCGUAUUCGACGCGAUACUGUUAUAAACUUCUGUUAAAAAUUAAUAUCCACGAUUGGGAAUUACCUUUCCACGGAUUGAAGACGAUCGAAUGGUUGCAAUUUCCCGUGUUCUCACAGAAACGAUAAAUUAACAGAAAUUCCCGAAGGAAAUUCAUGUACGCGCGAGACAGACUUGCAGUGUUCGAAAAAUGAAUUUAAAAAGACAAAGUAUAUGUUGCGCGUGCAAAUGCGACAAAACAUGUGUUGAUAAUGGCGCUCCCUGUAGUUUACUGCGAAUUACAAAGUGCGUCACGUUGAUCGAAAAAUUAUGAACGACACAAAUUUCGAUACGUGCGGCAUCGUAAAUACAAAAUACAGAGCGAGUGAUAUCAUUUGAUUGUAUUAGUAUCGAUGAUUAUGUACGUAUUGUUAUCGUGUACACGCGACGCUGUAUACACACGUCUACGUGGUGUUUCAAUUCUACGUGGCAAUAUUCGUCAGUAAUGAUUAUCUCCUACCUCUGCUCGCACCGCUAUGUAGGCAUAAGAAUGAAGACUGUUUUCAUGUGUGUUUCACUAUAAGCACACUUUAAUCAGGAUUAUUGACAAGUAAUGCAACGAAAGAGGAAAAAACUGGGAACAAUGAGAGCUGUAAUACUUGUUGGUGGCUAUGGAACCAGAUUAAGACCUCUUACAUUGAGUCGGCCGAAACCAUUGGUUGAAUUUGCCAAUAAACCAAUGCUUCUGCAUCAGAUAGAGGCUCUGGUAGCAACAAAUGUGACCGAAGUAAUACUAGCGGUAUCUUACCGCGCUGAGGAAAUGGAAAGAGACUUGAGUGAAGAAGUUAAGAGAUUAGGAGUACGUUUGAUCUUUUCGCAUGAGCCUGAACCACUUGGCACUGCAGGACCACUCGCAUUGGUCCAUGAUCUGUUGUGUUCAGGGGACGAACCGUUUUUUGUUUUGAACUCAGACAUUAUUUGCGAUUUUCCCUUUAUGCAACUUUUGGAAUUUCAUAAGAACCAUGGCAGAGAAGGCACUAUAAUUGUAACUAAAGUGGAAGAACCGUCAAAGUAUGGUGUGGUAGUGUACGGAGAUGAUGGGAAAAUAGAGAACUUUGUAGAAAAGCCACAGGAAUUCAUUUCUAACAAAAUAAAUGCAGGGAUGUACAUUUUUAAUCCAAGUAUCUUAAAAAGAAUAGAAUUGAAACCUACGAGUAUAGAGAAAGAAAUUUUCCCACAUAUGGCUCGGGAUGAAGAACUAUACGCAAUGGAACUGACAGGAUUUUGGAUGGAUGUUGGACAACCAAAAGAUUUUCUCAAAGGGAUGAGUAUGUACCUGACAUCUUUGAGACAAAAGUCUCCAGAGAAGUUGUAUUCUGGCCCAGGAGUAGUAGGAAAUGUUUUAAUAGAUGAAACGGCAAAAAUUGGAAAGGAUUGUAGGAUAGGGCCUAAUGUUACAAUUGGUCCUGGAGUUGUUUUAUCUGAUGGUUGUUGUAUUAAAAGAAGCACUAUUCUUAAAGCAGCUGUAAUAAAAGAGCAUGCAUGGUUGGAUGGGUGCAUCGUAGGCUGGAGAAGUGUUGUCGGACGUUGGGUAAGAAUGGAAGGUACUACAGUACUUGGUGAAGAUGUAAUUGUUAAGGAUGAAUUAUAUAUUAAUGGAGGUCAAGUUUUACCUCACAAGAACAUUUCUAGUUCUGUGCCGGAACCGCAAAUAAUCAUGUGACCAAGAAAAAUACUUUAAAAGUAUAACCAGCAUAACGAGCGUAAUGAGCGACCAAACGUUUUAUAAAUAAAAUUUUUUACUAGCUUUCUUAACUAUACAUACAAACUGAUGUUCAAUGUAGAUUCGUUUGCAUCAUUUUUUUUUUAUAUUUACAAUUCAAAUAAGUUUUACUGGUAGUCCUCGUACUACUAUUGCAGCCGCGGUCAUAUACUGAGAACAGAUAUCUUUAGAUUUUGCUACUGCUCUCAACAUCUCAGGUUCUAUGGGCACGUUUUGCGAGCAUUGACGAGUUUUUAAAAAUUCUAAUUAUCAAAAAUUUAAAAAAAAAACAAAUUAUAAAAUAAUAAACAUAAUCUAAAAAGAUAUUUUAUAAUUUUUUAUACUAACUUAGUGUACCCGCACACCACGUAUUAAUAUCAAUGUCGGUCCAUGGUCUACUUAAUGGCGAUGGAAUCCAAUUACUAAUGAAAUUCGUUGUCAUUUUAUCAGUAUCGGCAUCCGUAACUUCCCAUAACAUACCAAGCACGCAAGGACUACAUAAAAUACUGAUUAAUAUAUGAAUAAUUAAAGUUUCAAAAAAAAAAGUUAUUUUCACCUGCUAGCUAUUAAAUACUGAUUUGGAACACCAUACGGUGGGUAACGUCCUCCCGUUGUAAGUAAUUUUACACUACUACAACCGAAUAAUAAAACAAUCGAUCUUACUCUAAGUCUUUCAAUCUGUUCUCCUCGCAAGUAUUGUAUUCCACUGCCAUGGCCAUUAUACCUAUAAAAUAUAAUAGAUUAUAAAAAGUUAUAGAAAUGAGAUAUUUAAAAUAAACGUACAUUAAAAUA